AUGGCAAGCAGGGGGACAGCCAUUGGCAUUGACCUGGGCACCACCUACUCCUGUGUUGGGGUCUUCCAGCAUGGCAAGGUGGAGAUCAUCGCCAACGACCAAGGCAACCGCACCACGCCCAGCUACGUGGCCUUCAACGACACCGAAAGGCUCAUUGGAGACGCCGCCAAGAACCAGGUGGCUCUGAACCCACCGAACACCAUCUUUGAUGCCAAGAGACUCAUUGGCAGGAAAUACAAUGACCCAGUCGUCCAGUCCGACAUGAAGCACUGGCCCUUCCAGGUGGUGAAUGAUGCAGGGAAGCCAAAGGUCAAAGUUGAGUACAAAGGUGAAGAUAAGACCUUUUACCCUGAGGAAAUCUCUUCCAUGGUGUUGACCAAGAUGAAGGAGAUUGCUGAGGCCUAUUUGGGCUACACCGUUACUAAUGCUGUAAUCACAGUGCCUGCUUACUUCAAUGACUCCCAGCGCCAGGCAACCAAAGAUGCUGGUGUGAUCGCUGGCCUCAAUGUCUUAAGGAUCAUUAAUGAGCCAACGGCAGCUGCUAUUGCCUACGGCCUGGACAAGAAGGGUAGAGGAGAACGCAAUGUUCUCAUCUUUGACUUGGGGGGUGGUACCUUUGAUGUGUCUAUUCUCACCAUUGAUGAUGGUAUCUUUGAAGUGAAAUCAACAGCUGGUGACACCCACUUGGGAGGAGAGGACUUUGAUAACCGCAUGGUCAAUCACUUCAUUGAAGAGUUCAAGCGGAAGUACAAGAAGGACAUCAGUGAGAACAAGAGGGCAGUCAGGAGGCUGAGGACAGCCUGUGAAAGAGCCAAGAGAACCCUGUCUUCCAGCACACAAGCAAGUGUUGAGAUUGACUCGCUGUAUGAAGGCAUCGAUUUCUAUACCUCCAUCACCAGGGCUCGGUUUGAGGAACUGAAUAUUGACCUUUUCAGAGGCACUCUGGAACCAGUGGAAAAAGCUCUGAGAGAUGCCAAACUGGAUAAAGCUCAGGUUAAUGAUAUAGUCCUGGUUGGAGGGUCCACCCGCAUCCCCAAGAUCCAGAAAUUGCUGCAAGAUUUCUUCAAUGGCAGAGAUUUAAAUAAGAGCAUCAAUCCUGAUGAGGCCGUGGCCUAUGGGGCAGCUGUUCAAGCAGCUAUUCUGAUGGGGGACAAGUCUGAAAAUGUACAAGAUCUGUUACUACUGGAUGUCACUCCACUAUCAUUGGGUCUGGAAACAGCAGGUGGGGUCAUGACCACACUCAUCAAACGUAACACCACCAUUCCCACCAAGCAGACACAAAUAUUCACCACUUAUUCUGACAGUCAACCUGGUGUUUUGAUCCAGGUAUAUGAAGGAGAAAGAGCAAUGACUAAGGAUAACAACCUCUUGGGCAAAUUUGACCUCAGUGGGAUCCCCCCUGCGCCACGUGGUGUACCACAGAUUGAGGUCACCUUUGAUAUUGAUGCAAAUGGCAUCUUGAAUGUAUCUGCUGUAGACAAGAGCACUGGCAAAGAGAGCAAAAUCACCAUCACCAAUGACAAGGGCAGGUUGAGUAAGGAGGAGAUUGAGAGGAUGGUGCAGGAAGCGGAAAGAUACAAAGGCCAGGAUGAUAUGCAGCGUGAGAAAAUUACAGCCAAGAAUUCCCUGGAGUCAUACGCAUUUAACAUGAAGAGUUCAGUGGAGGAAGAGAAAACGAAAGGCAAGAUCAGUGAGGAAGAUAAGAACAAAGUCAUCGAAAAGUGUAACCAGGCCAUAUCCUGGCUGGAGGCAAACCAAACAGCAGAGAAGGAGGACUUUGAGCAGCAGUUGAAAGAUUUGGAAAAAAUAUGCAAGCCCAUCAUUGCCAAACUCUACCAGGGAGGUAUGCCUGAAGGGCCAUUCUCAGAACAAGUCAGAAAGGACCCUUCUGGUGGACCAACAAUUGAAGAAGUUGAUUGA